AUGAUGAUGCAAGAUGAUCAUCAUCACCUCUCAUUUCCCAGCUAUGUCCUUCACCAAGAACACAUCACACCAAAUCCUAACCCUAAUCCAAAUCCUACCUCCUCAAACUCAUCCAGGAGGAAGAGAAAUCUCCCGGGAAAUCCAGAUCCAGAUGCAGAAGUCAUCGCUCUAUCGCCAAACUCCCUCAUGACAACGAACCGAUUUAUCUGUGAGGUCUGCAACAAAGGUUUUAAGAGAGACCAGAACCUUCAGCUUCACCGGAGAGGCCAUAACCUUCCAUGGAAGCUAAAGCAAAGGACGAACAAGGAGGAAGUGAAGAAGAAAGUCUACAUCUGUCCCGAGAAGAGCUGCGUGCACCACGACCCGGCUCGAGCCCUUGGCGACUUAACUGGAAUCAAGAAGCAUUUCAGCAGGAAACAUGGUGAGAAGAAGUGGAAAUGUGACAAGUGUUCCAAGAAAUAUGCUGUCAUGUCCGAUUGGAAAGCUCAUAGCAAGAUUUGUGGUACCAGAGAGUAUAAGUGUGACUGUGGAACCCUCUUCUCCAGGAAGGAUAGUUUCAUUACACAUAGAGCAUUUUGUGACGCUUUAGCUGAAGAGAGUGCUAGAUUCGUCUCAAUACCUUCAGCUGAUCAUGCAGCUGAAGUCAACCUUGGAAACAUCAAUCCAAAUCAUCAAGAUCGACUACAAAACACAACAUCUUCUCAAUUAGACCAAUCCGGUUUCCAUAUCAAUCGCAAUAACAUCAAUGCCUUCUUGGGACAAACCUACACCAACCAGCUUCCAUUACAAACCAACGUUUUCGCGUCCUCAUCAUCGCCAUCACCUCGUACUAGUGCAUCCGAUUCGCUUCAAAAUCUAUGGCAUUUACAAGGACAAUCAUCACAUCAGUGGCUUCUCAACGGAAACAACAACAACAACAUUCUGCAAAGAGGAAUCUCCAAGAAUCAAGAGGAAUAUGAGAGUAAGAAGGGAAUAAGUAAUGGCUCUUUGUUCUCUUCGGAGGCACGCAAUAGUUAUAACCAAAACGGUGGACAAGUAAUAGCAUCCAUGUCGGCCACUGCGUUGCUACAGAAGGCUGCUCAAAUGGGAACAAAGAGACCAUCAUCAAGCUCCAACAAUAGCACGGGUUUUGGUCUGAUGACUUCCCCUAUCUUCAACAACAAGCAAAUGGAUAAUAAUAUCAAAACUAAUGAAGUUGAUGAAAGAGGCUUCACAAGAGACUUUCUUGGUGUGGGAAGUGAAAACCGUCCUUGGCCUUUUUUUAUGGCCAACCAUAAUCUUCCCGACGUGUCACCUCCGGCCACCGCAGACGGCACAGCAACCGCGGACAUGAACCAAUAA